AUGUACGCGCAGUGGCGCGGCAUCACAGUGACAUAUGCGUACGCUGUCAUUGGCGGGGCCCCAAAAGGACAUCUGUCCAUGCUUCCGCUCGACCGCAGGAGCUCCAGCACGACGCCGGCAUCGCAGGCGCAGCUGCCCGANNCCAGGGUGCCAGGCACGAGCGCACGGAGGCAGAUGAGGAUCCGGACGAGGGCACAGCUGUGGGCUCGGCAGAUGCCAACUCUCGCAUCACGUCGAGGAGCGCGCGGGGCAAGGAGCUGCGCGACACCGGAGCUUCCAAAGCCAGGAGCGCCUCUUCUCGACUAG